AUGCCCAAGGUUAGGAGUGGCCCAUCAAAGCGUAUGAGUUCGCGUCAGCGUCACAAGAUUGAGCGAAAGAAACGGGAACACAAGCGCGACCUUCGCCGAGCUGCAAAGUCUUUGAAGAAAUCCGGUCUUGGCCCAAAAAGAACUAAAAAGACUCGAGAACUUGCCAAAUUGGCUUUGAAGGUAUCUAACUCCCAUCCUGAUAAGGAAGUCAUCCUUCAGAGGGUGCUUCAAGCACGUGAAGAUGCCCGUGUUGAGCGUGCCAAACGGUCUGAAAAACCUUCUGUUGAGGAAGAUGAUGUUCAUGGGAAUGUGGAAUCAACCUGCGAGGUAACACACAUUGCUCCGUCAUUGCGUGAGACUAAAAAAGUAUUUACGUAUAUUCCUGUUUGCGAAUCUAAUAAUUUUUCAUACCAAUUUAAUAAGGUUUUGGAAGAACUUGUUUUUCCACCUCCUGGGUCACUAAUAGAGCUCCCAUCGGUGGCGUAUGUGAUUACUUUGGACGUCCGCUGUGCGGUUCAGAGUAUACCAUGGGCUCUACUUGAUGCAAUUGUUCACGGAAGUAAUAUUUACCACAACAAUGGUGGAAUGCGAAGAGUCCUUCUGCUUUUUGCCAUCACUAAAAUAGAUCUUGUAUCUGUGCCAGCUGUGGUCACACAAAUUUCUCUUUUGGCAAAUGCGCUUUGUGAACGAUAUAAGAACAUAAAUGACGGUGAAGAGUCGAUGAUGUUGACUGACGCCAUACGUAUUGCUUUUUGUCCUGUUUCAAAAUUGUUUGACAAAACAACACGACAUGUUAUUCGCAUUUUGAGACAAUUUCUUUCGAGUGAGCAAUGCUCACAGUCGAACCCGUAUUGCAACCUUGAAGGGAAACUUUGUUCGUUUGUCAUUGGACUCCCAAACACAGGUCGCCGAACUUUGUCUCGCAUCUUAUUACAUCAUGGGACUGAUUCUGGCGUCAGUCUCGUUCCUGUUUCUGCUGCUCAGGUACAGAUGAUGACCACCAAAGAUGAUAAUAAGGGGGAUCUGAAGUUUAAACUGGCUUUUCCCAAUGCGAAAGAAAUAACAUUGCUACAACUCCCAGAAGACACGGUACUGUUGCGUGAGCUUUUCUCUUUGUCUGGAGGCGAUGUCGUUUUUAAGCCAUUUUCUUUUAUUGAAAGAAUGACCAAUCCUGAAGUCAUUGGUUGUAUGCUUUUCGCUGCUGCAGUUGACAAAAUUGCCCUUGCACAGAGUUUUUGCCAACCCGGAGAGGACUUUAGUCUCUCCUGUGAUGAAGAAGAAAAUAUGAAGAGAGCUCAGAGAUUUUUCCGAGGUCUUGGACACACCGUACGAAGGGAAAAGGGUUUUUACGUGUCUCCCCUAUUCGUAUCGAAUGCAGGAACUAUAGGAAAACUUUCUAGCAGUUCUUUGACAGCCUCUGUUGGUUUCACUUCUCGUCAGCAAAGCACACAAACAACCCUUCUUGAAGCUUCAUUUAGUAAUGCCACUCCAAAUAAACUUAUACGUAUUUCAUCUGUCGUUGCCCCCUCACGGGGGAGGCGAAAGAGUAACGCGAGCGUACAACGCAUGGAUUCCCAUAAUGCCUUGAAACUUGGUGCUCGAACUUUUGUUCGGGAAAUUUGUCAAGGGAAAAAUGUUCCCUGGGCAGUUAUGCGACCUCCUACAAAAAAAUGUUUAACAAAGGGAGAGGUAGAGGCUGCCUCUGUCAUUUUUGAUCUUUCUAUCUGUUUGGGGAAAAGGCUUGGGACGCUUGAGACCUGUCACGAUUUUGCUGGUCACUUCGCUACCCUCCUGGAUCACGUAGCUUCCCUGUUAAAGCAGUAUUUGAUGUUUCUGCCUAACAAGGUGGUGGAGUUUGAUCCUGAUUGCAUUAUUGCCCCUAUCCAUGAACUUUAUUCUACAGAAAAGGCAAGUGAAAAGGAGACAGUAGACGAAUUGAAUAGAGGAAACGGUAGUGAAAUAAAUUAUGAUGGUGUGGAAGAAGAAAAUGAGGAGGAAGAGGAAGAGGAAGAGGAAGAGGAAGAGGAGGACGAGGAAGCUGACGAUUCAGAUUAA